UUUGUAGAUGGCGCUACGUCUACAAUUGUCUUCCCACAUUAUUAUCCCAUCAGGCAAAACUAUUUAUGAUUUUUUAAUAAUACUAUAAAUAUGAAUGCUUUCCUGUAACGCCAGCGAUACGAAGAUAUAAAUAUUGAAGCAUAUUUAGCUGCAGGUGCCACCGCUUGAGUUACAAAAAAACAGCUACAACAAGAGUACAGGCGCCAGCGCGCAGUUAAAGAACAAUGCAAUAUUGAAAGCUGAAGGCGGCCGGCAAAUUGAAAAUGGAAGAAUAAAAAAAUUCGUAGUACGAAAUUGUGGCAGCGGCGCACUGCCGCUUGAGGAAAUAUUGUAAGACGACGCAUCGUAAAAAUAUUGACGGCUGCUGACAUGCGAUAUUUAAAGUUGAUGUGAUAAUUGACAAUCAACAUAUCAUAAAUUGAUGUUUGGCAGGGCAGAGCCGCAGCCAAAGCCAGAACCCAAACUGAAGCCAUGGACGUUGGCUGACGCUAAAUGGAUUACGUUGAGACUAAUGCCUGAGAGUAUGCGUGUGUGUGUGUUAAAUGGAUUUUCUUAUUCGCAACUGCAUAUAAAAGCGCUCGAGGGCAGCCAAAGUUAUUUCAGUUGAUUGAAAGUGAACUUAAAAGUAAUAUGAAGAGUAAGCAAUAAAAUUAAUAAAGCAAACACAUUGCCACAAGUCUGGGCACUUACCUUAUGAAAAUGAAAGUAUUCAUACUGUAUCUACUUGGUUGGCUGCCGGUCGAGCUGGUGCAUGGCGCGAUCACUUAUAAUGCGGACAGGAAUAUUUCCGAUGUGGCCAUAGCGCUCUCGGAAAUAAUCAACGGCUUAAAGCCACGCCAAUUAGCCAUAUUGGCAGCACCACAGUUCCACUUCACCACGCGCCAUGCGCCACUACCAACUUCGGCCGAGAUUCCCGACGAUACGCAGCUGGAAGGCAUGCAAAUGGACAUCGACGACUUCAUCUAUCAACUGCAUAAGCUCAAUUUUAAGUCUGUCAUUUAUGACAAGACCGAUGCAUUCUUCAAAUUCGUCGAAGACAGUCUACAAGGUUCGAUUGAGAGCGUCAAUCUCAUAUUUAGUGCACCCUAUGAGCUUUCGGCGCGCAUUCAAGAGCGCAAGUUGUCGCAUCGGCUGAGCUUAUUCAUAUUCUAUUGGGGUGCCAAGCAUCCGCCGAAAGCGCAGGAGGUGCGCUUUGAGGAGCCAAUGAGAGCGGUGGUUAUUACGCGGCCGAGGAAGAAGGCCUUUCGUAUAUACUACAAUCAAGCUGUACCCGAUGGUGUGAGUAAUCUACGCUUGGUCAAUUGGUAUGAUGGCGAUAAUUUGGGUCUACAAAAAGUACCGUUACUACCCAACGCUGCAACGGUUUAUUCGAAUUUCAACGGACGCGUAUUCCGUGUGCCGGUCUUUCAUUCACCGCCCUGGUUUUGGGUCAACUAUGAGAACGAUUCCACAAACUCUACAUUGCUUGAUGACUAUAUAGACGCCACCAACGACUACACCGAGUUGACAGAAGUGAACGUCACAGGCGGGCGCGAUCAUUGCCUACUCAAUUUGCUGGCACACCAUAUGAAUUUUCAGUUCAUCUAUAUAGAGGCACCGGGCAGAACACAGGGUUCCUUGCGUAAUGAUGACAACGACGAGGAGAAUGAGACGUUCACUGGCGGUAUUGGACUCUUACAAAAUGGUUUAGCUGACUUUCUGCUCGGCGAUGUUAGCCUCAGUUGGGAGCGUCGUAAAGCCGUCGAGUUCUCCUUUUUCACGCUAGCCGACUCUGGUGCUUUUGCGACGCAUGCACCGCGUCGUCUCAACGAAGCCUUUGCCAUAAUACGUCCCUUCAAGCGCGAUGUAUGGCCCUAUCUCAUAUUGACUGUGAUAUUUUCGGGUCCCAUAUUCUAUGCCAUUAUUGCCAUACCCUACAAGUGGCAUUUGCCAUGUCAAAGGAGGGGAGAGGUGCGUCGACUGACGCAAAGACAGCAGCAACAACGUGACGUAGAACGCGCCGAUGAGUUGUUCUUUCAUAUGACUUACAUUAAGGAGAUCACAGGCGACAACGAGAUGACAAGGCGUUUACUGCGUCAGCAACAACAACAGCAGCAGCAGCAUCAAAGUGAAGUGUGUGAGCAACUGAUAGUCGGCGGAAGAGUGCAGGGCUUGACGGAAAUACCAAACAAUCUUUUUGAUAAAUGCAUUUGGUUCACAGUGCAGCUAUUUCUCAAGCAAUCCUGCAAGGAGCUUUAUCAUGGCUAUCGUGCCAAGUUUCUCAUGAUCGUCUACUGGAUUGCGGCCACCUACGUGCUGGCCGAUGUCUACUCCGCCCAGCUAACGUCGCAAUUCGCACGGCCGCCACAUGAGGCACCAAUUAACACGUUGCAACGUCUGCAGACAGCCAUGCUGCGCGAUGGCUAUCAACUGUUUGUGGAGAAGGAAAGCUCAUCGUUGGAAAUGCUGGAGAAUGGCACUGAGGUUUUUCGCCAAUUGUAUGCGCUCAUGAAGCUACAGAAUCCGGAUAUGGAGGGUUAUCUUAUUGACUCCGUCGAGGCUGGUAUUCUAUUGAUUGCGGAUGGACUGGAAAAUAAGGCGGUUUUGGGCGGACGGGAGACACUAUACUUCAAUAUACAGCAAUUUGGUUCCAAGACAUUUCAACUCAGUCAUAAGCUUUACACGCGUUACUCUGCGGUUGCCGUGCAGAUCGGUUGCCCCUUCUUGGAUAGUCUUAAUGACGUCAUCAUACACCUCUUCGAAGGCGGCAUUCUGGACAAAAUGACAAAUGCCGAAUAUGCCACGCAAUCGCGUAUGUUGGGCAAGGAAUAUAACGCACUGCAUCCCACGAACCCGACCGAGACAAAUGGCAAUAACGAGCCACCACCGAACGAUGACAACCGCAAUACAAACGGCGUUGGCGAUGCCAAUGGCAAGGGUGAGGAGAACGCUGAGGCCACAGCCAAAUCGCUGGACUCACAAAUCAUACAACCGCUCAAUCUGCGCAUGUUGCAAGGCGCCUUCAUUGUGCUGAUCUGUGGCUAUGCGGCGGCAACGGGCAUUCUUGUGUUGGAGCUGUGUUGUCAUCGCUUGAAUUGGCAUUUUUUUGAGCGUACUCAGGCCCGCUUGUUGCGCCGUUAUCGCUGGUGUAGUCGGAAAUUCCGUAGAAUUACACACUUGCUAUUUGCCAGAAUUAUACGUUAAAUUGUUUUUGUUGUUUUUUUUUGCGUCGAACUUCUUUCUUAUCACUCGCAAGUUUUGCAUAGCAAAUUAAGUUGUGCGGGUUCUUGUGAAAUUACUUAAAUUAUUAUUGUUGUUGUAAUGUAGAAAUGUUCUAAAAAUUAGACACUUAUCGCGACACCCGCAUGAAUUCAGUAGCUUUUGAAUAUGUUAGGGGCUACUUCAGCAUUUAGAAUUCACUAACUGAACGGCUUAUCGGUUGCUUGGGAGCUUCUGAAGCGUAAAAAAUUUACAAACUAAUUAGUUAUUUGGAACGAAAAUGGAGCCCGUGAGGCCAAUUAGAGAGAUAUAUGUGGAAAUAUA